GCUCACGUGGUUUGGCUUCCAAACAGUGUAUCAACGUGGAAACGAGGGGUUGGAAGUAAAUUGUAAAACAGGUGACACGCUAGUGUGGGAGGUUUGGUCAAACAUAUAAGUAUUGUCAACAGCUGAGCACCGGUGCACUAAUCAUCUGUUAGACGAAGAUCAGGUCUCUUGUGUUGGUGGCAACAUGAGUUGGAGCUUCUUAACACGCUUGCUUGAUGAGAUCUCCAACCAUUCCACAUUUGUGGGAAAGAUCUGGCUGACACUCCUUAUUAUCUUCCGAAUCGUUCUGACAGUGGUAGGCGGUGAGACCAUCUAUCAAGAUGAACAGAGCAAGUUUGUAUGCAAUACUGCACAACCCGGUUGUGAAAAUGUAUGUUAUGAUGCAUUUGCCCCUCUAUCACAUGUCCGAUUCUGGGUUUUUCAAAUCAUUAUGAUCACCACUCCGUCCAUUAUGUACCUGGGCUUUGCCAUGCACAAAAUCGCUCGAAUGGCUGAUGAUGAAUACCGACCACGCAAGCGCAAACUGCUGUCUAUGGUUCAUCGAGGUGUGAGCCGUGACUAUGACCAGGCUUACGAAAUGGAUGAUGAAGUUCCCAUGAUCUUGGAGGAGAUUGAGCCCUCUGAAAAGGAUAGUAAAGUGGCAGCUGCAGCAAAGUCUGCCCCUGCAUCCGAUGCUAAGUCUGCAAAGCAUGACGGCCGUCGUCGCAUCAAGAGAGAUGGUCUCAUGAAGGUGUAUGUGUUGCAGUUGAUCUCUCGCAUUGCCUUUGAGGUAGCCUUCCUUUUUGGCCAGUAUGUUUUGUAUGGUUUUGAAGUUGUGCCAUCGUACAUUUGCACCCGAAGCCCAUGCCCACACACUGUGGAUUGCUUUGUCUCACGUCCCACUGAAAAGACUAUCUUCUUGGUCAUCAUGUAUGUUGUCAGUAUACUCUGCCUGGCGCUGACUGUGCUGGAAAUCCUUCAUCUGGGAAUUAGUGGUGUGAGGGACACUCUUCGUAGUCGAUCGACUCGGAGGCUCCCCAUACACAGGUCAUCCACAUCCACUAUCUGCCACCGCCUUGCCAGUGCACCCCCGGGAUAUCAGGCUGUCCUGAAAAAGGACUCCACUGGCAAGCUUAAGGCUGAAUUCGUGGGAGAGUCGGGACGGGAGUCAUUGGAUGAUGCCAACACUGGUCUACAAAGACACCUGAAAAUGCGACAUCUGGACCAGGCGUACCACCAUGAGGAUGUAGGGGCUUCACGCAGCAGUGGUCCAGACUCUAACAGCAUUGCUGUUGAGCAAAACCGACUCAACCUAGCUCAGGAGGGCUAUGUCAGCUCCAAGGAAAAAGAGGGUCAUGCUUGAAGAGACUAACAGCUUUCCAACUCCUGGCUGUGAUGUUAUUUUUGGUGGGCAGUUGUUGAAAAGAUUUCCGGUUCAUCUUGCAUUGAAUACUCCAACUCAAGGCUGGGAUUAUUAUUGACAUGAUUUUGUAUGCUCCUCUAAAUGCAUAUCAGAAGAAGUAUUACUAACAGUAUUAAAACCAUAGCUGCCAAAAUUUAAAGACUAGAGAAACACCAGCUCUUAUAUUCCACAUUACUGUACCUUUUUUUACCAAGCAAUUAUAUUUGUUUAUAGUGUAUUUUAACAACAGCAUGAGAACAAAGACCCAUUCCCUGUGUUGGUGAAGAUAUUUAUAAAUACUGUUCAUUAUUAUCAGUUUUAGCAAAUCAGUAUUGAUUGAAGCCUUUAGCCAAAGUUCACAGAUCAUCCUGUUCAGAUUAUUACAAUGAAAUGAAAGCUGUAUUUGUCUUUGUCUGGAAAAACAGAAGUGUUUGUGUUUUGUGUUAUGUUGCUUUUUGAUUGGAGUAAAGUCCUGUGUGGUCUAAUAUUUUUGGAACAUUUUCCUGUAUGUAAAUAUCGUAGGUUGUGGGAAGACAUUUUUCGAAUGGUAGCAAGGGCACAACAAAUGUUGUCUGUUUGUCUUGUUGAUAUGCAUUUUGAGGAUUUUGUAUUUAGAAAUUUUGAAUAAAGUUAUGGCAAUGCA